UAUGAAUGAGGCAGUGGUCUCAAUGAGAAAGUCUAUUGUCGAAAGCAGAGGAAGAGGUUAGAGAUGGAGUUUCGGAUGCCAUCCUUUCUUGAGGCUUUGCUGCUUUUCUUCGGAGUUACGUUGGCAAAGCUAACCAUGGAGCCAAAGGAAGGCAGCAUUGGCGGUGGAACCUGGAUCACACUGAGAUAUGAGGGCCUCUCAUAUCCCAUCAAUUGGUCUCACCUGGAAGUGUCGUUCUUGAAUUCAGCGCUGCCUACAGUACUGUGUGACAUUCAGCCUGUCAGUUUUGAUCUGUCCACCACAAAAUGCCAAACAAGGGCUUCGCAGUGGGGAGGACUUUACCAACUCCAGUUCACUCUGAAUGGGCAAAUUGUCAACAACACGAAGGAGUUGCACUGUGACAACUGCACAUUUCAGUUCUCUGUUGCACACACUCCUGUGGUCUAUCGUGUGGACCCCCCCUAUGGAGUCCCAGGAAAUGUAAUGCAAGUCUAUGGUUUUAUCCUGGCCCAAGAAUUUGAUGCCUACAGCUUUAACACAGAUUUUAUUGAUGGCCCUGUUAUCCUCGAGGCAAAAAGAGAUGGAUGGAUAACCAUUUGUUCCCUUGCCAAUAAGCAGAUGCGCAGCAU